GAUAUUUGACCCAGCUGCUGAUGUUGCAUUCGUCAGUUGAUUUUGUUCUUCAAGACAUUGAACAUUUAACCAUUUCAAAAUGUUACCAUUGCGACAAUUUCUUAAGAUUUCUAGGCCCAUGGUAAAAAAUUCUACUCAACGUAAUUCCUCACAAUAUAUCGGUUACAGAGAAUUGAAUUAUGAUGCUGCUCGUCCUGCACAAAAACUUGGAGCCGAAUUGUGUGCUGGAUUUAUGUGGUGGUGGAUCGGAUGGCAUUUCAUAACCGAUUGGCGUCAUUUAGUUGGUGAAUUCAUUUGGCCACAACGUUCAGAAUGGACAAACGAAGAGCUUGGAAUUCCGGAAGAUUAAAUGAAACACAAUAAAAAUAAUCUAAUUUGAUUUGAUUACAUUGUUUUAUUAAUGCAAAUACAUAGUUUCAAUUGAAAAAAUUAAAAAUGAAUUAAAUACUUUG